AGUUGUUGUCGAUGGCUGGACCGCUUCCGGCACUGGCGCCGCGCGUGGCGCCCGCUGGUGUGGACGCCGUGAUCUGCGCGGUUGGAGGUAGCAGCAUCAGCAGCAGUAGUGGUAGUCAGCCGAACCGGUCGUCGGACGACGACGGCCUGCCGCGGAAAAUGCUCGAGGUUGCCUGUGGGCUCUGGGCCCAAGGGACCCGCGUGGACAUUCAUUACGACGUGACUAAAGAUUUGGAAGCGCUGCAACAGGCGUGUUUGGAAAGUGGCGUCCCUUGUCUGUUGGUUCUCAAGAGAAACGAGGAGCCUGCUCUUCGCGUGAACAACGGCCGCAAACUUCUGAAAGAGAACCUGUGCCACACCAAAAAUCUGCGAGAUUGGCUCCUCGUGUUUUAUGGGAAGAUCAGAAAGCUGCCAAAG